AUGGCAGCAAUCAACACGUUCCUGUCUCCCCAGGAACUACUUAAAGCUAUGGGUUUCACCAACUUUCGAGUGAUCAUAUCAGGUGGUGGAAUUGCGGGGCUCACUCUAGCCGGUGCUCUCGAAAAAGCAAAGGUGGACUAUGUGCUGCUGGAGGGCCGAGACGAGAUUGCCCCUGUCGUUGGUGCUGGAAUCGCUCUCAUGGCAACUGGUUCGAGAAUUCUGGAUCAAUUGAAGUGCUUUGAACCGAUUAUGGAAAUGACACAGCCCAUUGAUUCCAUCUGUGCUUGGAAGGAUGGUAAGUUAUUUGGAGUGAAGGACUUCCCAGCCCUCGGUGCAAAACGGCCGAUUAGGACUGGUUACCCUGUGAUCAUUACAGACCGACAUUUCCUUCUGCAGACACUCUACAACAGUAUAGAGGACAAGAGCCGAAUUCUGCCAAACAAAAGAGUGUCAAGAGUGGACCAUUGUGCUGACAGGGUAGUUGUUCAAUGCCAAGAUGAAUCAACGUAUACCGGCGAUGUCGUGGUCGGUGCCGAUGGAGUUCACAGCACCAUUAGAGAUGAAACGCGGCGUCAUAUGGACAUUUCGCAGUGGACUCCCAACACCGGACUCGGAGGUGGCCAUGCCAUCGAAACCGCCGCAACCACAGCCAAUGUCCUCCAACGGCUUGCAUACUCAAAAACACCACCUACUCAGAAAGAGGUCGAAGAGGCACUUCAAAAAGUCCCUGAAAAACAAAAACCACGAACCAAAGAGGUUUUCACCCCUUCGAAUCGUGCCACAAGAUUCGAAGCACUGAAAGGCAAUAUCGAGUAUUUCAUGGUGCUCAAUAUUCUCCCUCUUCUCGGAGACUUGUUCGUCAACAAAGUUGCGUCGAUAACGGUGGGUUCGGACAAGAUUGAAUUCCUCCCGGAUCCGCCGACGUGCUUCACAGGAACGAUGGCGUUCAAUCCAAAUUACGGACCGGGGACCAAGUCUCAUUUCGGGAUCAGAGUGCUCCUGGCGCUGCCUUUCCUGCUGUUGGCCUUUGUCGCACGCACGAUCUUCACGAAUGUCGUCGCAGAGCCGGACCUCCAAAGUCACCUCGGGCAAAUUCUGACAUCAGGGCAAAUCGAGUUCCACGGGCAAAGGUGGGGUCUUCCAACACUGGUGAAGCCGUUCGACUCACUUGUUGCCUCCUUCUCUCCCUCUCUGCUCAACAUUGAUCCCCUGCAACGGAUCCAAAUGCUGUCCUUCCUGAUCGACCUGGGCCCAUUGUGGCUCAUUUACACAUUGGAAGCCUAUCGCCGAGCGAAUAUUUUCAAACCAAUUUCCCUCCCCAUCCUCUUGGAAUCGCAUUCCAAGUUAACGAGUCCUCCCGCCGACUACGCAGCUCUUGACUGGAGACUUGUCAAUGUGGCCGCCGCCCGGACAGCAAUGAUGGCCAUUAUUCUUUCACUCACAGUUCCUACGUUCGCCAUGUAUCUACUUCCAGAUCUGACACAGCGAUUGAGCAUCAAUGUGAUAUGGCAAGCGUUUCCGAUUCUGACCAGCAUGGUCCACGGCUUUCUACAAAACGUAACGGUCGACUCGACCAACCUUGACCGGAUCUUCAACGUUGAAGCCGACUUGCCUCAUACACGAUUUGCGAUCAAGGUCUUGGCCGCUGUUUCAGCAUUGACUUUCAACUGGGCCCGAUUCUUCUCGAACGCUUCAACGUCGCAAAUCUUCCUCCCCAGCUGGAACGAUGUCAAAUCUGUUCUCGAUUCGGAGGCGGCGGGCCUGGAUCUUGUUUCUGGCAUGAGGUUAUGUCUACAGAUCGACGAGAUUGUUUGUUUUGUUUCAGCAUACUUGUGGCUCGCUCUUCUCGUGCAUGACCUUAAGGAGGCCGAAAUGACCAAUACCAGCUGGAUCCAACUUGGAUUGUGCGCCGGUAUUGGGACAUAUUUGGCGGGUCCCGGUGCCGUCGUGGCUGUGGGAUGGCUGUGGAGAGAAGGAAUCCUCGCUACGAAAAAGGCAAAAGGUGCCGUUGUUCCCAGCAAGUGA